AUGCAAAAUCGAUCGAUCCUAUUUUUGACAUUGGGUGGCCGAGAGCUGUAUUCCCUGGUGAAGAAUUUAGCGUUCCCGAAUGUUCCUGCUGAAUUGCCAUGCCGUGAAUUCAUCCUUCAGUUGAAUAAACAGGCGUCAAAAUGCAACUAUGGUGACCGAUUGGAAGAACAACUUUGGGAUCGUCUCAUUGCUGGAAUCAACAACAUCUCAUCACAAGGUAAGAUGUUGAAAAAGAAAGACAUCACGUUUGCUGAGGCUCGAAAAAUCUGUGAGCAAAGUGAUGAUUUGUGUGCUGCCACAAAUGCGGAUACUCCUGUGUUAUUCCAUUUGAAAUCAACGAAACCAUUACGUGAUGUACCCAGUGUUCAUAAUUCACCCCAGGUUCCUCAAGUACCCAGUUCAAGCCGAACACAACCGAAGGCUGCGAUCAACCGCUGCUUAUCAUGUGGUGAAUACCAUCCUCGUUCGACUUGUCGGUUCCGUAAUGCCGCUUACCAUGCAUGUGGUAAAAUGGGCCAUAUCCGCAAGGUAUGCCGAAUGCCCAAGUGCAGCCUCGUCGAUUCCCAUAUCCCAACGGCAGAUGAGAAUUCAAGCCCAAUCUACACGCUGCAUACCACUAAACCCAAAAGCCAGUUCGUGUCCGCUCCACUGAGAUUCGAGUCUGGUAUGGAGCAUUGA